UAAGAGUAGGUUUAAAUCACCAAUUGUCAGGAGUCAUAUGUCAUCUCUCACCUUGGUAGCACUAUGGAUUGGUUGGAUGUGAUCUAUAGCCCACUGUGGCUGGUGUCCACGGCGUUGCUGGGUCUGGUGGUACGCCUCCAGCGGAGAGGAUGCUGGCACCCACGCUCAUGUCCCACGCAGCUUAAAGGGAAGACGGCGAUAGUGACUGGAGCCAAUUCAGGAAUCGGAAAGUUCAUUGCCAUGGACUUUGCUCGCCGUGGGGCCCGAGUCCUCCUGGCCUGUCGAAGUGUGUCCCGGGGUUCAGCAGCGGCGAAAGAAAUUCACGCCGAAACGGGAAACUAUGAUGUCCAUGUGCGUCAGGUGGACCUUUCAUCUCUGGACUCUGUCAGGGAUUUUGCUGAAAAGACUAAGAAAGAGGAGAAAGCUCUUCAUAUCCUCGUCAACAAUGCUGCAGUAUCAGGUCUACCUCGUCAGAUUACCAAGGAUGGAUUUGAUGCUUCUUUUGCAACCAAUCAUUUGGGUCCAUUCCUCCUCACCAACUUACUGACCGACCUGAUGAAGACAUCAGCUCCAGCUCGCAUUGUCACCGUCAGCUCUAUGAAUCAUAAAAAUGGUCAAGUGGACUUCUCGCAUUUUCAUGGGGAGAAUUUGACUUACAAUAUGGAUCGUGUUUACAACCACACCAAGCUGCACAACAUCAUCUGCACUAAUGAGUUCGCUCGAAGGCUUCAGGGAACAGGUGUCAGCGCCAACUCGGUGCACCCUGGUAUUGUCAUGACGGGAAUGAUGAGGCACUACGCGCUUUGGAUUCGUUGGAUCUUCAACCUCAUUGGCCUGUUCUUUUUCAAGUCUGCGGAGGAAGGGGCAGUAAGCCCCAUCUACUGUGCAGUAUCAGAGGAAGUAGAAGGGAUAACUGGGAAGUAUUUCGACAGCGACUGCUCCCUGAUCCUCCCCGCCCCCUUAGCACGAGACACAGCCCUCGCUGUCAAGGACUUUGAGAUCUGCCAACGAUUGACUUCCAAACUGUGAAAAAAAAACAAACUCUGAUAACAGAAAGGGGGUCAAAUUCCAUGUUUUUCUUUUUCUGUUGAAGUACUUAAACAUACACUGCCAUUUGUGUAAGGAGAUCAAACACCAGCUUUAUUUUAUAUUCUUUUGUUUACUGUUUGCUGCAUUUUUAUUAACUUUUCUGAUAUGAGA